AUGUCUGAUAACCUCUGUGGACCGUCCGCCCCGACUAAGGGUUUGGUCGGACACCUUGACCGCGACCGCUCCCUUCAGCAGGACCGCGUUGCAGGCUCUCCCGCCUCUGCCGCCGGUUCUUUUCGAUCAACUGCCCCGGAGACAAUAGGCACGUCUUCUGGUGAUGCUGCUUUUGCCAACUUCACCGCUGCCCCGCCCCAACCCAAUGCUGCCGCUUCUCGCCAGGCCAAUGCUGCACCAAAAGUUACCACCCCGUACAGCCCGUUCAAUAUGUUGCCAGGCUACCGUCACGGCCUUGGCAACCCCUGGGACGGUGCUCCGAACAAACUGGACCUUGCGAACCAUGUUAACCCGGCCAUUCCUGCACGUCGUGGUGGAAUGGAUCAUCAGCGCCCAAGUGCAGCAGCUCUGAAGGCGCCCGACACUUCCUGGGUAAGCGAGUUUCAACAACGUCGGCAAGAUCAGCUUGGCCUGAGCGAUCAAAUGGAAGCCUUGCGACUGCAAAAUGCUCGUACCGCAGGACAAAGUGGUGCCUAUCCUCCUCCUCACAUGAUGCCCCUCAACGCCCCAGGCUAUGCCCCAGUCUAUGGUCAACCUGGCUUUGCAGCACAAGGCGGACAAUACUACCCCAACAACCAGCCAAUGAUGUAUGGCAAUGCCGCUCAAUACGGACAGAUGAUGCCUUCCUAUGCCCCAGGCUUUGGUCAAGCCAGUGUUGCAGCUCAAGGUGGCCAGUAUGUCGCCGGAGGUCAGCCGGGGCAGCAGGAAACUGUCACUCCGCAUGGUUAUUCUGCUCCCAAUGGCAUCCCUUUCAGCCACUACCCUCAGAACAUAGCCUUGGCCGCCAAUACGGAAGAGGCUCUCGGUGCGGCAUUCGCUGCGUACGACCAAGAGUUCGAGGGAGAGAUGGAUCAGUGGGUGGCUGCUCAUGGACCCGAGGACCGCGAGGAUCACGAGGCCGUCAUGACCGAACAUGCCGAGGAGCUGGACGCUGCGCGCAAGAAGCAUGACCCGAAAGUCAUGUCCCAGAGCAACCCUGAGAAUCGCUAUCACCUCAAAAGAAAGGAGGACGUUGAUCUCCACAUCUUUGCUACCAAAAUCCUGGACACCAUGAUGCAAAGCGACAACGAGAAGUUUGAAGGCUCCUCCUUCACAGACCUCAUGCGUCGCAUCGUCAACAGAGAGGUUGUGGUUGAAGGUGAAGAGCUCAUUGACGUUGCCACUGGCAACCCCACUGACCUGACUCCUCGCGACCUCAAGCCCAUCAUCCCGGUACCCGACAUACCUCCUACGUUCAUUCCUCCCUCCGACGCGGAGCUCCGAGCCAAGAAGGAGGCUGAGAUCCAAGCCAAGCAAGAGGCAGAGCACAAGGACCAGCCGGUUGUGGUGGAGAACCCGGGCGGUGCCUGA